GGUUUCACUGCAGGGGCCCCAUUGGGCACAGUGACGCUGCGACCGUCUCCUACCUAGGUCCGUGCGCUCCAAGGCAGGGGUGCGGUCGUGCAAUAGGAAGCCGAGGGCGUUGCAAGCUUCCCGUCCGGCAACAGCUACCUGGACCCGCGCCCUUCCGAGUGCAUUCCCCAGACACCUCCGGGCCCCCCACCUGUGGCCCCCGGAGCCCCAUUCCCGCGUCAGCCAUGCCUCUAAGCCGCAGUUUGUCCAUGUCCUCACUGCCAGGACUAGAGGAUUGGGAAGAUGAAUUCGACCUGGAGAACACAGUGCUCUUCGAGGUGGCCUGGGAGGUGGCCAACAAGGUGGGUGGCAUCUACACGGUGCUGCAGACGAAGGCGAAGGUGACCGGGGAUGAGUGGGGCGACAACUACUACCUGGUGGGACCAUACACGGAGCAGGGUGUGAGGACCCAGGUGGAACUGCUUGAGCCUCCGACCCCAGCCCUGAAGAGGACGCUGGACUCCAUGAACAACAAGGGCUGCAAGGUGUACUUUGGGCGCUGGUUGAUCGAGGGGGGCCCCCUGGUGGUGCUCCUGGAUGUGGGGGCCUCAGCCUGGGCCCUGGAGCGCUGGAAGGGGGAGCUUUGGGACACCUGCAACAUCGGGGUGCCUUGGUACGACCGUGAGGCCAACGACGCUGUCCUUUUUGGCUUCCUCACCACCUGGUUCCUGGGUGAGUUCCUGGCCCAGAGUGAGGAGAAGCCACAUGUGGUUGCACACUUCCACGAGUGGCUGGCAGGCGUUGGGCUCUGCCUGUGCCGUGCCCGGCGGCUGCCUGUGGCAACAAUCUUCACCACUCAUGCCACGCUGCUGGGGCGUUACCUGUGUGCUGGUGCCGUGGACUUCUACAACAACCUGGAGAAUUUCAACGUGGACAAAGAAGCAGGCGAGAGGCAGAUCUAUCACCGCUACUGCAUGGAGCGGGCGGCGGCCCACUGUGCUCAUGUUUUCACCACCGUGUCCCAGAUUACUGCCAUCGAGGCUCAGUACCUACUGAAGAGGAAACCAGAUAUUGUGACGCCCAAUGGAUUGAAUGUGAAGAAGUUCUCUGCCAUGCAUGAGUUCCAGAACCUCCAUGCUCAGAGCAAGGCUCGAAUCCAGGAGUUUGUGCGGGGCCAUUUUUAUGGGCACCUGGACUUCAGCUUGGACAAGACCUUGUAUUUCUUCAUUGCUGGCCGCUAUGAGUUCUCUAACAAGGGGGCUGACGUCUUCCUGGAGGCCUUGGCCCGGCUCAACUAUCUGCUCAGAGUAAAUGGCAGCGAGCAGACAGUGGUUGCCUUCUUCAUCAUGCCGGCUAGGACCAACAAUUUCAAUGUGGAAACCCUCAAGGGCCAAGCCGUGCGCAAGCAGCUGUGGGAUACAGCCAACACAGUGAAGGAGAAGUUUGGGAGGAAGCUUUAUGAAUCCUUGCUGGUGGGGAGCCUCCCAGACAUGAACAAGAUGCUGGACAAGGAAGACUUCACUAUGAUGAAGAGAGCCAUCUUUGCCACACAGAGGCAGUCUUUUCCCCCUGUGUGCACCCACAAUAUGCUGGACGACUCCUCAGACCCUAUCUUGACCACGAUCCGCCGAAUUGGCCUCUUCAANAGGUUCCAGGAGGUAAGGAGUGGGGGGUCCUGA